AUGACAAGUCUUGAGGGUACAGAGGAUCAUGACCGUGACAGGGUCCAGUCUCGUCUCACAAGAGCUCUCAUCCAUCCCGGAUCGGUGAAAAUUAAUGUCACGGGGGCAUUCAUUGUGGACGACGAACCCCGGUCGCGUAGUCCUGAAGCCGAUGGGGUACAUUACGAAAAUAAAGAUAUCAGACUUCCUCAUCAUACAGGAGUCGUCAGCCAUGUCGCCGUCGAUAUUGGAGGAUCUCUUGCCAAACUAGUCUAUUUCACACGAGAGCUUGAUGCGGCUGAUAAUGGAGGUCGCUUGAAUUUCAUCAACUUCGAGACCCACCGGAUCGACAUUUGCAUAAAUUUCAUCCGACAAUUAAACGAGGAACACAAACAGCGCAAUGCAUCUACAAGAGAUGCAUUGUGUGUUGUGGCUACUGGAGGAGGCGCAUACAAAUUCUACGAUCAAUUGAAAGAGGCCCUUGGUGUGAAUAUCUUGCGGGAAGAAGAAAUGGAAUGCCUGAUCAUCGGCCUAGACUUCUUCAUCACCGAGAUCCCCAGUGAAGUCUUCACUUACAGUGACUCUGACCCCGAACCCAUGCGAUAUGCCGAAGCUCGACCGGACGUCUACCCCUACCUCCUUGUAAAUAUCGGCUCUGGUGUGUCCAUGAUUAAGGUAUCUGGGCCCCGUCAAUUUGAGCGUGUCGGUGGAACACACCUGGGUGGAGGCACAUUCUGGGGUCUCAUGUCCUUACUGACUGGUGUACGCACCUUUGACGACAUGCUGGCUAUGGCGGACCGCGGUGACAACAGUGGAGUCGAUAUGUUGGUCGGAGACAUCUAUGGGAUGGAUUAUACCAAGAUUGGACUCAAGAGUACCGCAAUUGCCAGCACAUUUGGCAAAGUGCUUCGUUUAAAAAAUGCCGCUGAAGCAGGUGCCGAGGACGGCGAAGGCCUGUGCAAUGACGACUCUGACCAGAAUUACAAGGGUGAUGGCGACAUGCAUUUCCGUCCCGAAGACAUGGGUCGAAGCCUUCUUUUUGCGAUUAGUAACAAUAUUGGCCAGAUUGCUUAUCUGCAGUCCGAGAAACACCAGGUGAAGCACAUUUACUUCGGAGGUUCUUUCAUUCGGGGACACCAGCAAACAAUGAACACGCUUUCAUAUGCCAUUCGCUUCUGGUCGAAGGGUGAGAAGCAAGCGUAUUUCUUGCGACACGAGGGCUAUUUGGGAGCUGUUGGGGCUUUCAUCCGUCGCCAGCCAGAGAACUGGGGACGAAGAAACAGCAUUGACGGUGGAACAGUACCGCAGGCGGUAAAGAACAUUGUCAGAAACCAUACUCUGAAGCAAGAGGGCUCAGAAUCAGAGACAACGUAG